AUGUCUACUCUAAUCGGACAUGGCCACCCUGAGGUCGUGAAAGUGAUCGCAGAGCAUGCACAGCAUCUCGAUCAUCUCUUCAGUGGGAUGCUGAGCCCUCCCGUAAUAAACCUUGCAAAGCGUCUGACUGGUGUCGCGCCUGCUGGACUUGACAAAGCAUUCUUCCUAAGUACAGGCGGAGAAAGCAACGAGGCCGCUAUUCGAUUAGCCAAAUUCUAUACUGGUAAAUGGGAGAUUGUUGGCCUGGCUGCCUCGUGGCAUGGUAUGACGGGUGCAUCGCUUGGUGCUCAAUACCAUGCUGGGCGUUCUGGUUACGGCCCCAAUAUGAUCGGAAACCUAGCACUGCCCACCCCCAACUCCUAUCGUUCGAUAUUCAGACACCCAGAUGGUACGCAUGACUGGAAGACAGAACUGGACUAUGGCUUUGAUCUUCUGGACAAACAGUCAUGCGGCUCGCUUGCAGCAGUCAUCAUUGAACCCAUAUUGUCAAGUGGCGGUAUGCUAGAGCUUCCACCUGGGUACUUGAAGGCAUUGAAAAUGCACUGUGAAGCACGAGGUAUGCUUCUCAUCGUCGAUGAGGCACAGACUGCACUCGGAAGAGCUGGUGACAUGUUCGCGUUCACACACCAUCCCGAAGACGAGGGCGCCGUACCGGAUAUCCUGACACUCAGCAAGACGCUUGGAAAUGGAAUACCACUCAGCGCCAUCAUGACAUCGAACCGCAUCGCUCAGCAUGCCAAAGACAACGGUUUCCUGUUUUACACUACGCACAUCAACGAUCCUCUUCCAGCUGCUGUUGGCGAUAAGGUUCUUGAGGUUGUCAUCAGAGACGAUCUCUGUGCUCGUUCCAAGAGACUCGGUGUCAAGCUUCAAGCUGGACUAAGACAAUUACAGUCACGAUACGGUUGUAUCGGUGACGUACGUGGCCGAGGCCUCAUGGCCGGCAUGGAAGUGGUUAGCGACAGGAAAACGAAGGUUGGCGCCCCGGAAGUCGGAGCUGCAGUGUCAAAAAAGAUGGUAGACAUGGGUCUUUGGGCCCAACUAGCGACAAUGCCAUCUUUUGGUGGGGUGUUCCGGAUUGCGCCUCCCAUCACUGUCACGGAGGAGCAGCUCGACCUCGCUCUAUCGAUCAUCGAAGAAGCUUUGAGGACAACUCCGGGUACAAUGCCGUUAUACACUGAUGUCGAUCCUGGACGUUCGUUGGAUUGA